ACAUUCCAUCACAGUAAUGUUGUGUGUGCAGUAUUAAGAACCCAUCAUGGUCUGGGUCAUGGUGGUGAGGGGCGGGGAUUAUUGGGGAUCACCACGGAGCUCCUCCUCCUCCAGGCUGCCGUCACCGGGGCUGCUGGACCGGAGCGACUCGGCAGCACCGACACCGACAACCGGCUCCUCCGCGCUGCUUCACUGGGUGAAGACUCGGUGCAGCGCCGCCGUCUCUGCGCGUCAAUCCUCUCCGGCAACGACAUGGCCUCCGACGGCAUGGACGAGAGAUCUCCUCUGCUGUCGGGUCCCAACUCGGAGAACGUGACCCCCACUGCUCCUCCGUACCUGCAGGACUCAAGUCCCCGAGCCGAACUACCUCCUCCCUACACAGCCAUCGCCAGCCCUGACGCCGGCGGUGUGCCUGUCAUCAACUGCCGCGUAUGCCAGUCGCUCAUAAACCUGGAUGGAAAGCUGCAUCAGCACGUGGUCAAGUGCACAGUCUGCAACGAAGCUACACCCAUCAAGAACCCCCCGACAGGGAAGAAAUAUGUGAGGUGUCCCUGUAACUGCCUGCUCAUCUGUAAAGACACGUCCAGGAGGAUAGGAUGUCCUCGACCGAACUGCAGACGCAUAAUCAACCUGAGCCCGGUGAUGGUGAUCCCAGAGGAGCAACCCGCCCAGCCGGCGCUGCCCAUCCAACCUGAGGGGAUGAGGGUGGUUUGCGGUCACUGUGGCAACACCUUUCUUGGCAGCGAGGACGCCAGGUCAUCCCAGCCAAUGUCUGCCCUCCCCAGCGAUGGCUCUCCUCCAGCACAACAAGAGUGGAUGGAGCUUCGCUUUAACACGCUAGCCAAGUGUCCCCACUGCAAAAAAAUAUCCUCUGUUGGUAGUGCGCUCCCUAGGAGGCGCUGUUGUGCUUAUAUAACUGUAGGAAUGAUCUGCAUUUUCAUCGGAGUGGGUUUAACAGUUGGUACUCGGGACUUUGCCAAUCGUUACAACGCCACCUACGUGUCCUGGGCGUUCGCCUACCUUCUGGGUCUCAUCUGUCUGAUACGAGCCUGCUACUGGGGUGCUAUCAAAGUCAGCUACCCGGAGAACAGCUUCGCCUAGAGCGGGCUCGGCACGGCUCGGUUCAGCUCGGUUCGGCGUGGCCCUGCACGGCUGGAAGAACAAACCCAACAUUUAGUUUUUUUUUUCCAUCUUGUUCACAUUUCAAACCGGUCAUGUUCAGCUGAGGGGAGCGUCUGCAGAGCGUCUCGACAGGAGUGUGUUGAAGACGCGUUGUGUGUGUUUGAAGAGGUGUAUGUUGGAGGUGUGUCUAGUUAUCUUUGUGUAUGUCGAUCAGUCCUCCUGCUAGUCCACAAGGACUCAAAUCCUGCCCAGGUUUUGGCAAAAUCCUCCAAAAUCCAGAAUGAAGAAAUUAAAAAAAAUGAUUUUUCUCGAUGAAUGUCUAAAUUUAGAUUUAAAAAUGCUAGUUCAGCAAACUGGUUGGAUUUGGUUUUUCUGGACCAGUUUUGUUUUUUGAUUUCUUUUGUUACAGACAAGACCAAAAUGAGACGACCUCCUGAGAACAGUUUGCCCAUUGCACUACGAUUAUAUGCAAUUGUAUGUGUUGUUUUUGCUGCUAGUUUAACUCUGGCUACAGAAAGCUGCGUACCCAUACUGUAUUGUAACCAUUCACCAUGCCUGUGUACACUGACAUAGUAUUGCUGUAUGAUUUUAACUCUCGAAAUGAUCAACUUUUAAAAGAAAUCCUUAAAUACCCAUGUGUGCCAACUUUGCUGCCCAGUAUUAGUCAAGAAGAGCAAAAGAUCAACAGGAGCUUGUUUUUUUGUUUUUUUUUAUCAGUGUUAAUUUUUGGUGCCAUACAGCUUUUAACUCACUACAGCAAUAACCUGUUUAUUUGAGUUACUUUGAAGCGAACCUCCCUGUGUGUUUCACUGCGGUUUCGUUGCCUUCUCAAUGGUGGAAAAUGAUCCCAAAACAUGGUGACUCAUGUUUGCAUGUUGACUUGUUUAUGCUCCGUCACUUUUUUCAGUUUCCAGCUGAAGCUUAUGAUGCUCCUGUCUUCGCUCCUUCUACCUGUGAGUUAGAAUGUAAACCCUCCUCUUCCUCUUCUUCUUCCUCUUCCUCUUCCUCUUCUUCUUCCUCCCUCCGCUUGUAAUCGCCGCUCUCUGACUUCCGGUGAACUCUGUGCUAGCUAGCAUCGCUAUAGGCCAACUCAGCAUCCUGUCUCUUGACCUUGACCUGUGGGCACAGCUCAAACUUCUAACCUUGUUUUGAAUGUGAUGAUGAUGAUGAUGAUGAUGAUGAUGAUGAUGAAGCAGAAAAUAAUGUUAAAAAAUACUCUUUGUACAUAGUUCAAAUUCAGUACUUGGAAACUGUAGUGAGAGGAGAAAGGAGACGAUGGCUCGUGGGUCUUUUUAAAAAUGAUAAUUUAUCAAUAAAAUGCAAAAACUGCC